CGUUUGCGACGCCAAGUACAUCGUACUGGAUCAGCAUUCAGUCGCAAAUCUAAAUCCGAGCCGACAAUGUCAAACAAUCUUGUGGGACCUAUGUUGCUCGUAACAAUCCUGUUCAGCAUCGCACCGCAGGAGCUACUGGCACGCAAUUUGACCUGUACCGAGAAGCCGGAAGCGUUCUGGCAGGAUGAGCCGGAAUCGUGGUGUCUGAUUGAGGACGUGGACUUGGAGGAAUCGUCCGAGGACAUUAACUUUCCGGAAGUGACGAAGAUCUAUCUGAGAAACUUCAACGUGUCGUAUCUGUCGCCGACUUUGCUGUUCAAGAUGAAAAGUGUGCAGCAUUUCGCGGUGGAACACUGCACGAUGACGAAACUGUUCAUGAAGCCGACUUUGAGCAGCAUUGAGAUCAAGAACAGUAACAUAUCGGAGGUGAUCAUCGAUAAGGAUAGUAACUAUGAGCUGUUGAACUUUAGCUUGGAGGGUAUCUAUCGGAAGACGUUUCCGAACAAUUUUAUUCGGUUGACGCAUUUGGAAGAGUUGUCCAUUCGGCAUAACGACCUACCCAAGUUCAACAUGAGACAACUGAAUGGGUUGGCGAAGCUAAGAACGUUGGAUUUGAGCUACGAUAGGGUUGAACAGUUGGUGAUUCCGGAAGCGUUGAACCUUCCCAAUUUGAAGGAACUGUAUCUAGCGGAGAAUAAUCUACAGAAGUUACCGGUCAGCAUUCGCAGGUUGAAGACUCUGGAGAGUCUGAAUUUGCAUUCGAAUCAAAUUGCGUUCCUGGAGAUGAGUCACUUCAACGGGUUGAAUAAUAUGAAAAAGUUAGUCCUGAGCGGAAAUAAGUUGCAAAUCAGUACCAUGGAGCCGGUCCACUUGCCAAGUUUGGAAAAGCUGGAGAUGAUCGGAUGUGGUCUAAAGGAGUUGGAUAUGUUGUACUGGAAGCUGCCGGCCCUGAGAUACUUCAACGUGUACGAUAAUAGUCUGGUGGCAAUUAACAAUUUUCCGGAAAGUUUUACAAAAGAUUUGGUGUUCGUUCCAGUUGGGAACCGCUGGAGCUGUUUGAAGCUGGAAGGGAUCAGUAGCAAAGUGACGAUCAAAGUGAAGGAGCGAGAUCAUUACUGUGAACAUAAGGUGGCAGACAUUUGCUGCAAUGGAGGGAACAUUGACUUCAACUUGGUGGAUACAUUGGAUCGGAAAGUGCAGAUGCUGAAGUUUCAAAAUUCGAUUCUCUACGAGAAGCUGGAAAUGACUAAUGAAAAGCUAGAGAAGGUGAUUGGCGUCGUGGAUCAGCGAGUCGUCUGAAGAUGGCAGUACAAUGGCUAUUGGAUUGAAUUGUGUGAAAAUUUAUUGGCGAAAAUAUAAUGUGCAAUUUACAAA